AAAUACCUUUUUGGUUGCAUUUUCGAUUCAAUUCCGCUUGUUCGUUGUUGUGGAAAAGCCAAAAGAAAGAUUUACAAGCAAGCAGCACCGUCAGCAUAUAAGUUCACUGAUUAAAUCACGUCUACAAUGGCAGACUCCACCGUAACCGAUGUGACAAAAAUGAAAGUUAUCGAUCUACGAAAAGAACUAAAAUCACGCGGUCUGGUGAGUACCGGCGACAAGGCGGAGUUGGUGGCGCGCCUGCAGGCCGCCCUGGCGCAGGACGAGCACGCUGACAUCAACCUGGACUCAGACGAAAUAGACUCCGACGGUGUGCUCGAAGAUGAUGACGAUAAAAGCCAAAAUGACAUCGUUCUAGACGACUCCGCAGUUGAGCUGGCACUUGCGGACAAUUCCCCGCCUAAACAACCGGAACCUGAGCCGAAACCGGUGAAGGCCAUGAAAAGAAAAUUCACCACCAGCACAGAUACAUCCAAACCUGAGAACAAAGAUGGUGGACCUAAAAAGAUUGUUUUGAACCGCCCCACUUUAAUCACUGCUCCAUCUGAAACAAAAGUACCUGAGUCAGCUGAGAGCAAACCAGCAGAAGAAAGCACAGCAACUAAAGAAAAAGUUAAAAUAACAGCAGACAUAGAUCCUAAAACAAGACUAGAGAUGAGAGCAAAGAGGUUUGGUUUGCCCGUGAAGGUUAGUGAUGAUGAACGCAAAGAAGCCAGGAAGUUGCGUUUUGGUCAAGGUGGCACCACUGCUGCCACAACUCCCCUGACCACUAGUACAGCUACUACAGGGACCCUUUCUGAAAACCUUGAGAAAUUAAAAAAGAGAGCUGAAAGGUUUGGCCAAUCUGUAUCCAAAAUAAUGACUGACAUUGAGAAGAAAGAGUUGCUGGAAAAACGUAAGGAGAAAUUUGGACUUGCUAAAGCUUAACAUAGUGUUGAUAAAUGAUAAUUCUAGUACCUAUGGACAGUUUUAUUACUCUAGGAUUAAGUUGAAUAUACUUAAGUAAUAACUUUUGUCAUUAUUUUCUAAAAUUUUAAGAAUUUGUUGUAUCCUAAAUACUAAUUAUCUCAUUGUGUACUUCUACACAUUACAUUUCAUUAAUUGCAAAACGGAAUAUUGUUAAAACAUGGGUUUAUGUUACAAUAGACAUGAAAAUAAACAAUGUAUUAAAAAUA